AUGACAGAGACUCUGAAGAAGGAUAUGUAUCCUAUGCCAAAGCAAGAUACCGAGUAUGUCUCGGAGUAUGCGACGACCGAGGCGCUGAACGACAGUGGCUACGAGUCUGUCCAGCGUGACAGUGGAUCGUGGGCCGGCUCGCAGCCCGCAUCACAGGGUCUAUACGACUCGCAAUAUGAGAAGGACGCCUGUGGUGUCGGUUUCAUUUGUCAUAUCAAGGGCAGCGCCACGCACAAAAUUGUGUCGGAUGCCCGUCUGUUGCUGUGCAACAUGACCCACCGUGGUGCCGUCGGUGCGGAUACACGUGACGGUGACGGUGCUGGUGUGAUGACCGGUAUGCCGGACGCGUUCCUGCGCCGCGAGGUGCGUGUCGACUUUGACUUUGAGCUGCCGCCUGUCGGGCAGUAUGCGUGCGGUAACGUGUUCUUCACGUCGAAGGAUGCGAUGAUGCGUGCGAACCAUAUGAAGCUCUUUGAGCAGAUUGCCGAGAAGUUGCAGCUGCGUGUCUUGGGCUGGCGUGAGGUGCCUGUGGACAGCUCGAUCCUUGGCCCCGCCUCGCGUAGCCGUGAGCCGAAGGUCAUGCAGCCGUUCGUCGUGCUGGGUGACCACUACGGCUGGACCUCGAAGGCGUCCGAAGGCAAUGGUGCGUUUGACGAGAGCCACUUUGGCCGUCAGCUGUACGUGCUGCGCAAGCACGCUACGCACCGCAUUGGCCUCGCGAACUGGUUCUACAUCUGUUCGCUGAGCCCCUCGAACAUUGUGUACAAGGGUCAACUGGCGCCUGUGCAAGUGUACAACUACUACCACGACCUGAACAACUCGUGGUACAGCGCGCACUUUGCGCUCGUGCACUCGCGUUUCUCGACGAACACGUUCCCGUCGUGGGACCGUGCUCAGCCGCUCCGCUGGGCUGCGCACAACGGUGAGAUCAACACGAUCCGCGGCAACAAGAACUGGAUGCAUGCGCGUGAGGGCCAUCUGCGCUCGGAGGUGUUUGGCGAGGAAAUGGAUCUGCUGUACCCGAUCAUUGAGAGUGGCGGUUCCGACUCGGCGGCGUUCGACAAUGUGCUCGAGCUGUUGGUCGUCAACAAGGUGCUGACGCUGCCGCAGGCCGUUAUGAUGAUGGUGCCGGAGGCGUGGCAGGGCCGUGAGACGGACCCUGCGAAGAUUGCGUUCUACCAGUGGGCUGGCUGCUUGAUGGAGCCGUGGGACGGCCCUGCGCUGUUCACGUUCUGCGAUGGCCGUUACUGUGGUGCGAACCUGGACCGGAACGGAUUGCGUCCCUGCCGUUGGGUCACUACGACGGACGACAUUAUGGUGUGUGCCUCGGAGGUCGGUACGAUCAAGAUUGCGCCGGAGACGAUCACGGCUAAGGGUCGUCUGCGCCCGGGUCGUAUGCUGCUUGUCGACACGGUGGAAGGCCGCAUUGUCGAUGACCGUGAGCUCAAGUCGAGCACGGCGCACCUGGCGGACUUUGCGGCGUGGGUCGAGCACAACAUGCUGCACCUUGGCGACAUUACGCAGCGCGUCGGCCAUGCGCUGCAGGGCGCGCUGACGCCCAAGCUGGACGACACGACGCUGAGCACGGACCCGCGUCUGCGUGCGUUCGGCUACACGGUGGACCAGAUCAACUUGCUUAUGCUGCCUAUGCUGAGCGAUUCCAAGGAGGCGCUUGGUAGUAUGGGCAACGAUGCGCCGCUGGCGUGCCUGUCGCAGUCGCCGCGUCUGCUCUACGAAUACUUCCGCCAGCUCUUUGCGCAGGUGACGAACCCGCCGAUUGACCCGAUCCGUGAGGCGGUCGUCAUGUCGCUGGACCAGUACAUUGGUCCGGAGGGCAACCUGCUGGAGAUGAACGAGCUGCAGUGUGGACGUAUCCACCUGAAGAGCCCCGUGCUGAGUCUCGAGGAGAUGGGGGCUUUGAAGCAGAUGAACCUUACGCGCCCAGACUGGCAGACCAUCACGAUCGACAUUACGUACGACCAUGCGCUGGGCUCGAAGGGCUACGAAGCGACGCUGGACCGCGUGUGUGCGCAGGUGUCGGAGGCGAUUGAGAACGACUACCGUAUCGUGGUGCUGUCGGACCGCAACGUGAAUCCGCACCGCGUGGCGAUUAGCUCGCUGAUUGCGUGCGGUGGUGUGCACCACCACCUGAUCCGCCAGAAGCGCCGUGGCCGUAUUGCGCUGGUCGUGGAGACGGCCGAGGCACGUGAAGUGCACCAUGUAUGUGUGCUGCUCGGCUACGGUGCGGAUGCCAUUUGCCCGUGGCUUGCGCAGGAGGCUGUGAUGAAGGUCGGCCGGGAAGGUCUUUCGAAGGUCGAUGUCCCGGUCGCCGAGCUGACGGCCAACUGGCGGCAUGCGGUGGACAGCGGUAUCCUGAAGGUCAUGUCGAAGAUGGGUAUCUCGACGCUGCAGUCGUACAAGGGUGCGCAGAUCUUCGAGGCGCUCGGUCUCGACACGAAGGUGAUUGACCGCUGCUUUGCGGGCACCGCCUCGCGUAUCCGCGGCGCCACGUUCGAGAUGCUGGCGGCCGAUGCGCUGGAGAUGCAUGAGCGUGCGUACCCACACCGCCAGACUAUGGCGUUUGCGGGGCUGCCUGAGAGUGGUGAGUACCACUGGCGCGACGGUGGCGAGGCGCAUAUCAACGACCCGAACUGCAUUGCCUCGCUGCAGGAGGCGACGCGCUCGAAGAACCAAGCGGCGUGGGACGCGUACUCCAAGGCGACGCAGGAUAUGGUCAAGGCGACGACGCUGCGUGGUCUGCUGGAGUUCAACUACGCGGGUGCGCGCCCGAUCCCUGUGGACCAGGUCGAGCCGUGGACGGAGAUUGCGCCGCGUUUCUGCACGGGUGCCAUGUCGUACGGCUCCAUCUCGAUGGAGGCCCACUCGGCGCUGGCCAUUGCGCUCAACCGUCUGGGCGGCAAGUCGAACACGGGCGAGGGUGGUGAAGACCCUGAGCGUUCGAUUCCCCUGCCGAACGGCGACUCGCUGCGCUCGAAGAUCAAGCAGAUUGCCUCGGGUCGUUUCGGUGUCACGUCGCACUACCUGGCCGACUCGGACGAGCUGCAGAUCAAGCUCGCGCAGGGUGCCAAGCCCGGUGAGGGUGGUGAGUUGCCGGGCCACAAGGUGUCGGAGUCGAUCGCGCGUACGCGUCACUCCACGGCUGGUGUCGGUCUGAUCUCCCCGCCGCCGCACCACGACAUUUACUCGAUCGAGGACUUGAAGCAGCUGAUCUACGAUCUCAAGUGCUCGAACCCACGCUCGCGUGUGAGUGUGAAGCUCGUGUCGGAGGUCGGUGUCGGUGUGAUUGCCUCGGGUGUGGCGAAGGCCAAGGCCGACCAUAUCCUCAUCUCGGGCCACGACGGUGGUACGGGUGCCGCGCGCUGGACGAGUAUCAAGUACGCGGGUCUCCCCUGGGAGCUGGGUCUCGCUGAGACGCACCAGACGCUCGUGCUCAACGAUCUGCGUGGCCGUGUGACUGUCCAGACGGACGGUCAGCUGCGCACCGGUCGCGAUGUCGCGAUGGCGUGCUUGCUCGGUGCCGAGGAGUUCGGUUUCUCUACCGCGCCGCUGAUCUCGAUGGGCUGCAUUAUGAUGCGCAAGUGCCACCUGAACACGUGCCCGGUGGGUAUCGCGACGCAGGACCCGAAGCUGCGUGAGAAGUUUGCUGGCCAGCCGGAGCACGUCAUCAACUUCUUCUACUACCUGGCGGAGGAGCUGCGUGCGAUCAUGGCCAAGCUUGGUCUGCGCACGAUCAACGAAAUGGUCGGCCGUACGGACUUGCUGAAGAUGAACGAGGCGGCGCGCACGCCCAAGACGUCGAACAUCAACCUGAGCGCGCUGCUCAAGCCGGCGUUCGAGAUGCGGCCAGGCGCUGCGACGUACAAGGUGCGUCAGCAGGACCACAAGCUGUACGUGCGUAUGGACAACAAGUUCAUCGACGAGGCCGAGCCGGCGCUCUCGCGUGGUCUCCCUGUGCAGAUCGAGUGCGAGGUGGUGAACACCGACCGUGCGUUGGGUACGACGCUGAGCUACCACGUUUCGAGGCUCUUUGGCAUGGACGGCCUGCCGCGCGACACGAUCCACAUCUCCGCGAAGGGCAGUGCCGGCCAGUCGUGCGGUGCGUUCCUCGCGCCGGGUAUCACGUUCGAGCUGGAGGGCGAUGCGAACGACUACGUCGGCAAGGGUCUCUCGGGUGGUCGGCUGAUCGUCUACCCGCCCAAGUCGUCGAUCUUCAAGGCCGCGGAGAACGUGCUGGUCGGCAACACGUGUCUGUACGGCGCGACGCGCGGUCACGCCUACUUGGCCGGCAUCGCCGCGGAGCGUUUCGCGGUGCGCAACUCGGGUGCGCACGCCGUCGUGGAAGGCGUGGGUGACCACGGCUGUGAGUACAUGACGGGCGGUCGUGUGGUCGUGCUCGGUAACACGGGCCGCAACUUCGCCGCAGGCAUGAGCGGUGGCAUUGCGUACGUCCUCGACAUGAACCGCGACUUUGCGAGCAAGUGCAACAUGGAGAUGGUCGAGCUGGGCCCGGUCACCGACACGAGCGAAAUCGCCGAGCUGCGCACGCUCAUUGAGGACCACCGCCACUACACAGGCUCGCUCAUUGCCGAGCACGUCAUCCACGAGUUCCACCACCUCCUCCCACGCUUUGUGCGUGUGAUGCCCACGGACUACAAGCGCGUCCUGGAGCAGGAGGCCGCCAAGGCCGCCGAGGAGAAGAAGCGCUCAAGUCACGUGGACCUGCUCGGCACGCUUUCGCGCCGCGGCAGCCAGGUGGACGUGAGCGUCGCUGAGGAGCCGACCGAUGCCGUGCCGCACAAGCCAGAGCCGGCGGUCGUGGACAUGGAAGAGGCCAUGCUCGACGAGGAGCUGCAGCUUGCGCGCACCUCGAAGCUCGACAAGAUGCGUGGCUUCAUGAAGUACCACCGCCGCACCGAAAAGUACCGCAACCCCACGGCUCGUGUACAGGACUUCAAGGAACUCUCGACGCGUCUCCCUGAGCACGAGCUCAAGCUCCAGACCGCGCGCUGCAUGGACUGCGGUGUGCCGUUCUGCCAGUCGGACAAUGGUUGCCCGAUCUCGAACAUCAUUCCCAAGUGGAACGAUCUCGUGUUCAAGGGCCAGUGGCGCGAUGCGCUCAACCGUCUGCUCAUGACCAACAACUUCCCCGAGUUCACCGGUCGUGUGUGCCCCGCGCCCUGCGAGGGCGCGUGUGUCUUGGGCAUCACCGAGUCGCCCGUCGGUAUCAAGUCGGUGGAGUGUGCAAUCAUCGAUCACGCCUGGGAGCAGGGCUGGAUGGUGCCUCGUCCCCCGCCGCAGCGCACCGGCAAGACGGUGGCGAUCAUCGGUUCGGGCCCCGCCGGUCUGGCGUGCGCCGACCAGCUGAACCGCGCCGGUCACUCGGUCACAGUGUACGAGCGUGCGGACCGCGUGGGUGGUCUGCUCAUGUACGGUAUCCCGAACAUGAAGCUCGACAAGCACGUCGUCGACCGUCGUGUGGGUCUCAUGGCCGCGGAGGGCGUACAGUUCGUCACCAACACCGAGGUCGGUAAGGACAUCGACGCUGCGGACCUUCACCGCCAGAAUGACGCCGUGGUGUUUGCGACGGGUGCGACGUGGCCACGUGAUCUCAACAUCCCCGGCCGCGAUGCGGAUGGCGUGCACUUUGCAAUGGAGUACCUCAAGUCGACGACCGCGUCGCUUCUCGACACCCAGCUGCAGGAGGGCACCUACCUCAGCGCCAAGGGCAAGAACGUGAUUGUGAUCGGUGGUGGUGACACGGGUAACGACUGUAUCGGUACUGCUGUGCGUCACGGCGCGGCAUCGGUGGUCAACUUUGAGCUGCUGCCGCAGCCCCCGGCGGCGCGUGCGGCGAACAACCCAUGGCCGCAGUGGCCGCGUAUCUUCCGUACCGACUACGGUCACUCGGAAGUCAAGGCACGCUGGGGUGAGGACCCGCGUGAGUACUGCAUCUCCACGACCUCGUUCGAGAAGGACGAGUCGGGCAAGCUCAUCGCGCUCAACACGGUGCGUGUGUCGUGGGACCUGGACGCGAGCGGCAAGUGGCAGAUGACCAAGAUUCCGGGCAGCGAGCAGCGCUUCCCUUGCGACUUGUGCUUCCUUUCGCUCGGUUUCCUUGGCCCGGAGAACGCCGCGAUCGAGUCGCUGCAGAUCAAGCAGGACGCCCGCAGCAACAUUCUCGCGGACACCAACAAGGGCCCGAACCCGUACAAGACGUCGGUCGAUCGCGUGUACGCCGCCGGCGACUGCCGUCGCGGUCAGUCGCUGAUCGUUUGGGGUAUCCAAGAGGGCCGCGCUUGUGCUGCGCAGGUCGACACGGACCUCAUGUUGAGCUCGUCGCUGCCGUGGGCGGGUAGCAUCCCCAAGCGUAUCCACGUCCCAGAGGCCGUGCCGGCCCCGUCAGUAUCGCAGGCUGUCUAA